AUGGGCGACGAAUCACCGCGCCCUUCAAAAAUACCCUACUGGCGCCAGGUCAUCGAACCCGGCGCCGUCACCCAAGAGGUCAUCGACUACCCCUACAAGGGGUCCGGCACCGAAGAUGAUCCCUUCGUCGUCGAAUGGAUUCCUAAUGACCCCCGAAACCCUCUCCAAUUCUCCACCAUCAAGAAAUGGUCCAUCACCAUGCUCGUCGCCAUGGCGACCCUCGCCGUUGCCCUCAUCUCCUCCGCGUACACCGGCGGUGGAAACCAGAUCAUGGCGGAGUUCAACGUCAGCAGUGAGGUCAUGAUUCUGGGUGUCUCCCUCUUCGUUCUCGGCUUCGCCAUCGGUCCACUGAUCUGGGCGCCCAUGAGUGAAUUGUACGGACGGCAGCUCCUUUUCUUCGGAACAUACAUGGCCCUGACCGCGUUCAACGCCGGCGCCGCCGGAAGUCAAAAUAUCUGGACCCUGAUCAUCCUUCGAUUCUUCGCCGGCUCGUUCGGCUCGUCGCCGCUGACAAACGCCGGCGGAAUCAUCGCCGAUAUGUUCUCCGCCUCUCAGCGUGGCCUGGCCAUGGGCAUGUUCUCCAUCGCACCGUUCUUGGGUCCCGUUCUCGGCCCAAUCAUCGGUGGUUUCCUCGGGAUGAACGCAGGUUGGAGAUGGGUCGAGGGCUUUCUGGCCAUCUUCUCCGGCGUGCUCUGGAUAAUUGGCACCUUGCUGGUCCCAGAGACAUAUGCUCCCGUGCUUCUUCGCAAGAGAGCAAACACCCUCUCAAAGCUUUCUGGAAAGGUAUAUCGCAGCCGCAUAGAUAUCGACCAGGGCCGGGUCACUGUCAGCGAAGCCUUCGCUACCGCCCUCAGCCGCCCCUGGAUCCUUCUCUUCCGCGAGCCGAUCGUCUUCCUGCUUUCCCUGUAUCUCGCCAUCGUGUACGGCACCCUGUACAUGUUGUUCGGGGCCUUCCCAUUCGUGUACCAGCUGAUCCGCGGCUGGAAUGAGGGCAUCGGGGGCCUUGCGUUCUUGGGCGUGCUCGUCGGGAUGCUUAUCGCUGCCGCCCUGAACAUCUUCGACAACAACAGGCGCUACAUUCCACUCGCAAAGAAACACCAUGGGUUCGCACCGCCUGAGGCCCGCUUGCCUCCGUCCAUGAUCGGCGGCAUUGCCAUUCCCAUCGGUCUUUUCUGGUUCGCAUGGACCAACUAUCCCUCCAUCCACUGGCUCGCGUCCAUCGCCGCCGGCGUUCCCUUUGGUUUCGGCAUGGUCCUCGUCUUCCUGGGCGUGAUGAACUAUCUUAUCGACUCGUACACCAUCUAUGCAGCCUCAGUUCUUGCCGCAAACUCGGUUCUGAGAUCCCUCUUCGGCGCUGCUUUCCCGCUGUUCACACGAUACAUGUAUGAAGACCUUGGGAUUCACUGGGCAUCCAGUAUCCCUGCGUUCCUGGCACUUGCAUGCGUUCCGUUCCCAUUCCUUCUCUUCAAGUACGGCGCGACGAUUCGAAAGAAGUGUAAAUUCGCUGCCGACGCCGAAGCGUUCAUGCGCCGCCUGCAGGAAUCGAGUCUCCAGCAAACGGAAGAAGCUCUCAAGAAGGCGGAGGAGGAGGAGGAGGAGAAGGAAGAAGAAGAAGAAGAGGAGGAGGAAGCGUCGCGCGAAUUUGGACUCAAAGAAGACGAGAAAGCUGGCCAGCCCGGAUCCGCCGACGAAGGUGCAGGACAACGGGACUAUGUUCUCGAACCGAUUCGGUCUAUUAGCAGACAGCAAACACACAGAACCCACAGGACACACAGAACCGGCUCUAUAGCGUCGAGGCUGUCUGAGACGUUCAGUGAAUACGAGGGUAACCCGUUCGACAUCGACCGGGUGAACACUCGGACGUCGGUCACAUCGGCACGAAGAACGUCGAUGUCGGGGAAGUGAAGGACGCGAAGGGCAGAAAAUAAAUAUAAAUAUUGCUAUAUCUAUAUAUAUAUGUAUGUAAUUAAACACCCGACAAUGGACACGGGUUAUUUUUCACAAUCUGUUUAAAUUCCCCUUGAGAUGUUACUUAGUUACCUCUUGGCUGGCGUGCUUUUUUUGAUACCUUCUUUGUAAUUUUAGCUAUUCUCUCAAAACUUCUUUCUUUCUUU